CCAUAGUUCAUUCCUCUGCCGAUCGGAGAGGAAUGAAUUUCUAAGACCGAUCACGGAGUGAGGACGGUCGGAGUUGCGGAUCCCUGAACGCAUCAUCAUCAUCAUCCGCUGGCUGCAUUUCUCUUGGAGCGGCAUUUCACGGACACAGAAGCUCAAAAUGCACGCUGCGUUGCCUGUGCUUGUGCCGGCUCUGUUCGCGGCCACCCUGGCCCUCGACAAUGGGCUGAUGAGGACGCCUCCGAUGGGCUGGCUGGCGUGGGAGCGGUACCGCUGUGACAUUGACUGUGAUAAUGACCCCAAGAACUGCAUCAGUGAGAACCUGUUCAGGGACAUGGCAGACAGACUUUCGGAGGACGGCUGGAGGGAACUCGGUUAUGUUUACGUGAACAUCGACGACUGCUGGUCAUCGAAGCAGAGAGACAAGCAGGGGCGGCUCCAGGCCGACCCAAAAAGGUUCCCAAGAGGUAUCAAGGACCUGGCGCGCUACAUGCACGACAGGGGUCUCAAGCUUGGGAUCUACGGGGACAUGGGCACGUACACGUGUGGCGGCUACCCGGGGACCCCGCUGGACAAGAUCCAGAUAGAUGCUCAGACCUUCGCAGAGUGGGAGGUGGACAUGUUCAAGUAUGACGGCUGUUACUCCAACGCCACGGAGCAGGAGCAGGGCUACCCUCUCAUGUCCAAGGCUCUGAACGCCACAGGCCGUCCCAUUGGCUACUCCUGCAGCUGGCCCGCCUACCAGGGUGGCCUGCCCCCCAAGGUAAAUUACACUCAGUUGGGUGAGAUCUGCAACUUGUGGCGUAACUAUGACGACAUCCAGGAUUCUUGGAACAGCGUGCUCAACAUUAUAGACUGGUUCUUUGGCAACCAGGACGCUCUGGCCUCUGCAGCCGGACCUGGACGAUGGAACGACCCUGACAUGCUCGUCAUUGGCGACUUUGGGCUCAGCAUGGAGCAGUCUCGCACUCAGAUGGCUCUGUGGGCCAUCAUGGCUGCUCCUCUCUUCAUGUCCAACGACCUGCGCACCAUCAGCAGCGGCGCCCGCAACAUCCUACAGAACAAAAUGAUCAUCAGCAUCAACCAAGACCCCAUGGGCAUUCAGGGGAGGCGCAUACUGAAGGAGAAGAGUGGCAUUGACGUGUACUGGCGCCCCCUGUCUAAGAAUGCGAGUGCGCUGGUGUUCUUCAGUCGUCGUGACGACAUGCCGUACCGCUACAGAACCUCCCUCUCCAAGCUCAACUACACCACUGGCAGCUACAAGAUUUUCGACGUCUUCACCAACAAGGCGGCGGCGUUGAAAGACUCCACAGAGUUCGUGGUGCCGGUGAAUCCCUCGGGUGUGGUCAUGUGGUACGUGUCGGCGCCUGCCGCACCGAGCCGCCGCCACUACAAACGUGCCAGGUUCCAGGGAUCGGCCGACGACGGCGAAAACGGCGACCCGCUAGUCGUCCUAUAACAUUUUAACUCAACCAGGGAACACUCAGGGAAUUAUGAAUUGAAAUAUAAAGAUGAUCCUUUUCUACCGCAUCAAUAUUGAUCAAACAGGGCCUAUACUCAGAAACAGGAGGGCUCUGUUCCUAAUUGAAGCUGAUAAAGGCUUUUUUUAUUGAAUGUUUACAUCAACAUUUGUGCCUUGUUUAAAUCUGCCGAGAUCCAGGCUUUGCACUCUUAGAAAUCAUUCUGUACUUCUUUUAAACUGUAAAUAAAUGUUUCCAAGUCAA